CAUUUCUAAAGCAGCGCAGUAGCAGAGUGUCAGAAAGGAAAAAAGUAAUAUGUACGUCGUGAUAGAAAAAUAGUUUUUCCGAUUGAAAAUAUUUAUUUGAUUCAUGAAUUUACCAAAUAAAUCAAGUAAAUUGAGUUGUGGACGACGUUAUUAAACACGUAUAUCGAAUUAUACACGACCGGCAAAUAGGAAACGGUAAAAAAUGAUGACAACAAAACAAAUAAAAACCUUUCUGUAUUGGGUGACGUUGCUGGAAAUAUGGGGAAUCGUUUCAUGUAUAUCGGAUCCAGGAAUAACAAAAUUCACACUGUCACCCAAUGCUCCAACCGAACGGGAAAUGAGACCUCUAUUGGCCAACACUAAAAUCUAUGCAAAAUUGGAGUGUGAAGCCAAUACUGAAACUGAAUUUGAUAUCAUCAUUAGUACAUCGUUAGUGGAGCGACAAUGUUGGUUCGAUGCCCCCGAUGUUCAAAAAGCUUACGAUAUACUGGAAAGUCAACAAAGAGCCCAAAAUCAAAGUGCCCAAGUGGUGCAUAAAUACCAGAUAGACGGUACAUGUCCACAUCAUCUAAUUGUUUUGGAAAUACCCAACACCGAGAUCCAAGGGGCUGUUGCUAAUGCAUUAACUUCUGAUAAGACGACCGUCAAGCCAGGCGACACAACAUCACAAUUGACGGCUAAAUCUCCUGCUGAUACCAUGAAGAAUGCCAAACAUCCAUUGUCGCCAACCAAUCGACCAUUGUACACCGUUUCACAUGAUGGCAUCUACGAACUGACCAUUACUGUUGAAACAAAAACACCAGAGGCCGCUGAGUUUUCAGCCAUGGUUACGGUGGAAAUGUUGGGACCCUAUGGUUAUAUAUCGGCUACCGAUUUUCCAUUCUUACCGUUCUAUGGUAUAAUGUGCAUUGUAUAUGUAAUAUUUGGCGUCAUUUGGUUGGGUGUCUCCUUUAUGCAAUGGCGUGAUUUGUUGCGUAUACAAUUCUGGAUAGGCGGUGUAAUUUUACUGGGCAUGUUGGAGAAGGCAUUUUUCUAUGCAGAAUAUCAUUCAGUGAAUACUAGUGGUGUUUCAGUGCCUGGAGCUGAAUUAACAGCUGAAUUUGUAUCGUGUGCCAAAAGAACUUUGGCUCGCAUGCUGGUUAUAAUAAUGAGCUUGGGUUUUGGUAUUGUAAAACCUCGUCUGGGUCCAUUGUUACAUCGUGUGGUAGGUGUGGGUUUGUUGUAUUUCCUGUUGGCUUGUGUUGAAAGUUAUCUACGUGUUAUGCGCAACAAACCGGACAUACAAAAUGAAUUACUGGUAGCCAGCAUUCCAUUGGCAGUUUUAGAUACCGGUAUCUGUUGGUGGAUCUUUACAUCUUUGGUUCAAACCACACGUACAUUGCGUUUGAGAAGAAAUAUGGUUAAGUUGUCACUGUAUAGACAUUUCACAAAUACAUUAAUAUUUUCGGUAAUUGCUUCCGUCAUAUUUAUGUUGUAUGCUUUACGUUUACGUAAAGCAGAAAAUUGCACGCCGGGCUGGCGUAAUAUCUGGAUUGAUACAGCAUUUUGGCACAUCCUUUUCUCAGUUUUGUUGUUGGUUAUAAUGAUUUUGUGGCGUCCCACAAAUAAUAACCAACGUUAUGCAUUUACACCACUGCUUGAUAAUCCAGAGGAUGAGGAUGAUGAAGAAGAGGAUCAGUUUGUGGCAGAUGUUUAUGGUGUUAAAAUGCGCGGUACCAACAGUAACGGAGCCAAGACACCGCCAUCUAAGACCACAACAAAUGAAGAAGAUGAUCUACGUUGGGUAGAGGAAAACAUACCCGAAUCAAUGGCUGAUGUCACAUUACCCGCACUCGAUUCCGACGAAGAAAUUAUCAAUACGAAAUUCGAAGUGUCGAAAAUGCAAUAGAUCGACAGCAAAAACUCAUAAUAAUAACAAACAAGAGACAAAGAUAAAUAUAUAUAUACAUAAAAUAAGCUAUGAGUAUAAAAAAUAUUAAUUAUUAUUUUUUUUUUUUUUUUUUGUUAAAAAAUGAAAUAUUUAUAUGACUGUAAUUGCUAGUUUAGCAAGAAGUUUUUUUUAAUUUAAUUUUUGCCUUAGUUUUAUGACUUUCAAAAUAUGAAAUCUGUAGAAGAAAACGUAUGCGUUUAGCAGCACACAUUUCAUAGUAUACACUAACUAAUAAUAACAACAAAGCCAAGUAUUUCUUUUUCACACUUUCUCACCUGCAUUAGAAAUGAAAAUAAGACUAAUAUUCUUUAAAAACAAAGCUAGUUUUCUUUAUAUUAAUACAUAAAUUGCUGGUCAAUCAAAAUACUUAACAGAAAACAAUCACUGCAACACCCUUAAAACAUUUAGUAACGACAAUUCAUUCACUACACCGCAACGACCUGUAAUCAUUUGCAUCCGCAUAUGCUUUGUAUUUCUUAAUUGUUCCUAAAAAAAAAGUAAAAAUCACUGAAAAUAAAUCUUUUUUUUUUUAAGUACCAAACUCAAACAAAAAAUAUAUGUAAAAUAUUUGUAAAACAUAUAGAGAUUUGAUUGUCAUUAAUUGUUUUUGUAUGGAAAUCCUCUUACUUCCUUCUUUUUCAAAAAAACAAAACUCCAAUUCCUCAUUCUUGCUCUUAACUUAGUUUAGGUUUAACAUACAAUACCUAUAUAUAUUUGUAGAUAUACAUAAAAUAUGAAAAAUGCUUUCGUAUUAAUACUUUUUAUCACAUCUCCAUAUAAAAUGCUUUGUAAAUAUUUAUGAAAAUAUUAAAAGAAAUUAUAUAAAUUAAUAAUAAGUUUAUCUAAAAAAAAUCAAAUAUCUCUUAGGUGUGUAAAAAUGCAAAUUAAUUCAUUGAAAGAACUUCUUUUACUCUAGUUUUUUUUUUGUUUUUUUUUUUUUAAUUCCACUGGACUGCAAUGAGGAAAAAAUGAAAAAAAAAACAAAAUUCCAAUAGUAGAAGUUGUAAUAGAAUACAAUACAAACAAAGAAAACAAAAUGUUUAAAAUUAUUUUAUUUUAUAUAAAAAAGGAAAAUAAAUAUAAUUUUAUAUAAACAGUACAA